AUGCAUCUUACGGUCCCCUUUAUCAUUGCCGUGCUGGCUAGCAUCGCUACUGCGGCCCCUAGACGGCUCGAUGACCAUGAUGAUAAAGAUACCCAUAUAAUUGCACCUAGAGUUAAUGAGAUCCAAGCGCACACUUUAGACUCCGAAGUCCUGCAAAAGCGGACGCCGGUCGGGGACUCUCUCCAUGUCUGGCACCCAAGCGACGAGGACUAUUGGAGGUUGAUCAACCGACACAGGAUGAACUAUUUCCUCUCGGGGAGCAGUCAGUGGAGAGCUCAAGAGCAGGAAAAGGAAGAUGCAAAGCAAUUGAGUAAGCAAAAAUGGCAAGUCAACCAAGCACAAAUGGCCCAUGACAAGGCGGCGGCGGACGCGAGGAUGCCCGCGCAUGCGUCGGGUAGAAGUCGAGGUGGCAAGGGUGCCUCUAAUCGUGGAGGCGGAAGAUAG